UAAACGUUCGCAUAGUUUUCAUAGUAUUCGGAAACGAUAUUCCGUGAUACGUAGUAGUAUAGCCGGACAAUUCGUAUUAUGCAAAUCGUAUAACGAUCGGUAGUUGGCACGGCUCUUUGUCGUCGUAUGAAAAUUGCUGAUCGGAUCGAUGAAAGGAAGAAAAGGAAGAGAAGAUGGAGAAGGAGAAGAAAGUUAAAAAGGAAGAAAGACAAAAAAUAAAAUAAAAAAAAAAAGAACAAGAAAAGAAAGAAGAGAAGGAAAAGAAGAAGAAGAAGACGAGUAAUCCGAAGAUCCACUUCGUUCUACGUCUUAUCCUGGAUUUCAUAGACGAGUAUCCUCUCGUAGAAGAAAAAGAUGAGGAGAUCUCGAAAGAAACGGUGAACGUGAAAAGGCCGAAUUACGUGUCACUCGCACACAUCGUGCAUCUCCUUUGGAAUCGUUUGAAGAUCAUACCGGAAUAUCUUUCGAGAAGAGACUCGGUAAAAAAAAAAAAAGAAAAAAUAAAUAAAAAAAAAUAAAAAACCAAAACCAGAAAAAAAAAAAAAAUAUAUAUAUAUAUCCGAGGGCCCGUCAAUACGAUGAUUAAACGAGAUCCGUAAGUUAUUCGAAAGAAAUGAUUGUAGAUGAAAAAGAAAACAAGAGAGGUCGAGGACUCUGAGGAAAAAGAUUACAUUUCGAAAAAGGUUCAAGCAAGUUGCGAGCUUAAACAUUGCGAGAGUUGCAACAUAGCGAGCGAGACCAUUUUACGAAUGAUAAAUGCGAUAAGAAGUGCCUUCCAGGAGAAUAAAUUAAUUUCUGCCGUGGCUGAAGAAAGGGAUCUCUUAAAAGGCGAUAUUUACGAGAAGACUCAAUGGGCCGUGAUGAGGAGACUCGCGGCGGCUAUUGAGAUGGACGUUAAGACGACUUUCGAGAUGAUGCAGGGGAAUGAUAUGAAAAGGGAGGCGAUAAAGAGGAAUUACGAGGAGAAGCUGAACUCCCUCGAAGCCGAAUUGUCGCGUAAAGGAACGGACUUUGAGCUUUUGCGAGGUGAAAAUUUUCAGCUCGAAGGUAGGAUCGAAAAUGUUACACGGAAUUUCAAUGAAUUGAAAGAAAAGAAUUUUCAAAUGGAAGAGAUGAAAGAGAAGCUAACCAUCGAACUCGAGGAUACACGUAUCAAAUUGGAACGUACAGCGGAGUCAUGGGACAUUUUGCAAAGUCAGAUCGUGAAACUGGCUGAGAAUAAAUUGGAACUGGAAAACAGCGUGAGAGGACUAACCGAGAAGAUCGUCGAUACUCGCGGUGCGUGUCUCGAGACAGAAAGAGCUCUUCGGAUCCUGCUGACCGAAUUGCAGAGAGAAAAUGAUUCGAUAAAAAGGGAGUACCGUAUUAAAUUGAAGAAGUUAGAGAUAGAGUUUAAAGGUGAAAUGAAAUAUCGUGAUAUCGAAAAGGAACCUGAUACGGAUAAAACCGAAGGAUUAAACGAUGAACGAGUGUUAAUGCCUGGAGAUGAUCCGAUGCUGGAUAUGACGCGGCAAUUGAUCUCGAAUCGUCGGAAAAUCGAACAUCUUCAACGACAAAAUGAACGCCUGUCGAAAACGUUGAAUCGUUUGAGAGAGUAUCGUUUAACGACGACGACAACAACGACGACGACGACAACAAUGACGAUGACGAUGACGAAGACAACGAACGCGAAAAGUCUUCUCAAAUGAUCUUCUGGAUCUCUCUUUAACGUUCAAGGAUUUACAUGUUCCCCGUAAAAGAAAGAUCCUGAUAAAUCGUUCCAAGAUAUCAAAGGCACACGAGAACGUAGCAAUGAGGCGCAAGUAAUUCAUUCAAAAGGAUCGGUUACUUCAAUAGCGUCGCUGUUCUAGUUCAUUUCUUUUCUUCUUUCUUUUUUAUUUAUUUUUUCUUCCCCUUCUUUCUUCCAUACUCUCUUAUUUUUAAAUUACGUUUGGAGACAAUAAUUAUUCCGUGAGAGAAAAAUGGAGAGAGAGAGAGAGAGAGAGAGAGAGAGAGUGAGAAAGAAAAAAUGAAAGAAAGAAAGAUAGAAAGAUAGAAAGACAGAGAGACGAGAAAAGGGAGAGAGAGAGAGAGAGAACGAACAUCAUUGGACCGUAAAAAAAGCAAGUAGAACGAGUAGGCCAAGCGCGAAUCUCGAUGUACCAAAAAGUUUUAAUCAUCUCGGGUAAUUACGAACUAUCAAGGUAGUCCUAACUUUUAUGCUCGUUCCUUCCUCUCUCUCUCUCUUUUUCGACGAUGGUACUAAUAAAUUAUACCGUCAGACUUUGCUCGUAAUACGAAGUUCUUCGAAGCACGUUCGACUUCCGGCAUCUGGUUCGUCCUUUAGUUGCCAUAGUCCGAUCGAGAUCAAACUGGAACAUUGAUUUCACGGCUCGAGAAUGCUGUAAACCGUGGCAAACUUCUCUUCUCCCUGAAUUUAAAUUUUCAGCACUUUUCUCGUUUCAUCUUCUCAUAUUUACGUACCUUUAUAUAUGUAUUAAAUCAUAAGUACCUACCUGGUAUAUAACGUGUGUAUUUACGUAUGUAUUUAUGUACUUAUACAUCAAUUAUUCGUUCCAAUUGAGUUCAAGAAAUUCGCCUAAAUAAACCAUAGUCCAACCUUGGAUGGUACAAAGCUACUUGUUGAUUUGCCACCUUUCAUAAGAUCUCAUAUGUACAGUUAUGUGUAUCUCUGUGUGUAUAUAUAUUUACAUACACAAGAUACCUACGUACAAAUGUACAACUCGACGAGAAAAUUCAAUUGUUUAAGAGAAAUGAGAGAGAAAAUAAUAAAAAAAAAAAAAAAUAAAAAAAAA